AUGGCAGAGUGUCAUGGUGAAACAGCAGUAACUCCACCCUUAACACAUGUCCCAUCUUCGAUCCCCAACCCACCUCCCUCCCUCACCGCCUCCUCCCUCUUAUCCACCCCAACCCCCCUCUCCCCGCUUCCCCCUCCGCCCUCUAAUCCAGCGGAGGAGCUGUUGAACCUCAAGGCGGCGUUCAUGGCGUCAAACCCCGCGGCCCUGCAGUCGUUUCCAGACGACAUCGACCCGUGCAGCGCGGAAUGGCAGGAGAGAAUCAAGUGCAACGAGCAUGGCCGAAUCAUUGAACUCAAUCUCGCCAACGAGCUGCUCAAAGGGCCAAUCCCAGGGCGACAGCUGGCGCAGCUGGAUGCUCUAGAGCGCCUCAAUCUGGGAUACAACUCUCUGACUGGCCCCAUUCCCAAGGACCUUGGUUCUCUCAACGGCCUCACCUUCCUGUCAUUCGAGUCAAAUCAGCUGGAGGGACCUAUCCCGGACUGGAUGGCACCACUGCUCUCACGGCUUGUUGAAAUUCGUUUCGCCAACAACCAGUUCAACGGCUCUCUGCCCAGAAGCCUCGGCACUCUGAAGAAUCUAACCACACUGGACAUGGGCAGCAACAAGUUAUCGGGCGAGCUACCACCACAGCUAGCCUACUGCAGUAACCUCAAACUCAUCUCCUUUCCAGCCAAUCAGCUGUCGGGUCCCAUUCCCGAGUGGCUGGGGAACCUCAAGGAGCUUGAAGUCCUGGAAAUGUACACCAACGGGCUCUCAGGUCCCAUCCCCACGCAACUGGCUCUCGCCGUGUCUCUACACUCCAUUGCCAUGGACAACAAUCAGCUCACAGGACUGCUCCCUCCCGAGCUAGGGGACCUACCCAAUCUAUCCGCCAUCUACGUGGCGAACAACAAGCUGGAGGGUCCCAUUCCGGACUCAUACAGCAAGCUCGAGUCGCUCAUGUACCUGGACGUGAGCUACAACGAGGGUAUAAACGGCACUAUCCCAGAGUUUCUAGGGAAAAUGUCACGCAUCCAGUCAAUAGCCUUCGAAUACUGCGACUUAACCGGCCCCAUCCCCCCGAACCUGGGCGAGCUGACCAACAUAGUGGAGAUCUUUCUGGACAACAACCAGCUCACGGGGGACAUCCCGCCCUCCCUGGGGCAGCUCGUGACGCUCAACAAGCUCUUUCUCAACCACAACAUGCUCUCGGGGCAAAUUCCUACAGAGCUCUGCCAGCUCACCAACAUCUACGAUCUGAAUCUGGCGAGGAACCAGCUGCAGGGGAGCAUCCCCCCGUGCCUGACCCAGCUGCCGCACCUAGCAACGCUCACCUUGUCUAUGAACCUCCUCACGGGUCCAGUCCCAGACGUCAGCAGCACCAACGCGGUCAACUUUGAGUACAACGGCAACUGCCUUGACAACGUGCCGGAUCAACAGGACGUCUGCGCUGCUCCCACCACCACUCCUCCCUCCACCGACGGAACCCCCCCUCCCACGGACGGAACCCCCACCGAUGGAACCCCCACUGAUGGGACCACCGCCAAUCCCCCCACCGCUGACGGCACCACCCCUGAUGCUGCUGCCCAGGAGUCGCCUCCUCCUCCAGCCGAGGCUGCUGCUGCCACGGUCUCUCCCCCUGCUCCUCCCCCGCCACCCCCUGCUAACCAAGGUGCGUUCAGGUCCUUUCCUCUCAGUGGUAGCACCACUGACAGCAGCAGCAGCGGUGGUGGCGAUGCUGCUUCCCAGCAGUCGCCUCCUCCUCCAUCCGAGGCUGCUGCUGCCACAGUCUCUCCCCCUGCUCCUCCCCCGCCGCCCCCUGCAAGCCAAGGGUCAACGCCGGUGCCUGGCAUAAUCACAAUUGUUGUCUUCACGGCUGCUCUCGUUGCCCUCAUCGCUGCGGCCUACUACCUCAGCUACCGCCAAGGGAACUCUGACGGCUCUAACCGCGCCGACCAACUGCCAGUAACCGAGUACAGCCUAUCGAAGAUCAAGAAAGCAACGCGCAACUUCACCACCAUCUACGGCCGUGGCAGCUUUGGCAUGGU